CCCCCUCUCCUCUCUCCCCGGCAGCCUCCGCCUCUCUUCCCUGGUCUGUCUUUCACACGGCCGUUGUUGCAGCCAUUUUACCGUGGACUGUCGGCACAGAGACGAGCGGAGGAUGCGGAGACAGCAGCAUUAAAAGGCAAUCCUAUAUCUCCACAGUUUGGGACUGAACUCUAUCCUUCAAGAUGACAACGCUCAUUCCCACAGAGCAGGGUUUAUCAGAGGCUACCUCCAGAAUUUGGGAGUGAAGAGGACGGAAUGGCCUGCCUACAGUCCUGACCUCACCUCCAAGGGGAUUAGCUUGGGCGUGCCGUUUGUGCUAGAGUGACCAACACAACCACAUUGGCCGAGAAAUACAAACAUGGCUGACGCGGUGCAAGAUGCCGUGGUUGGCCGGCCAUUGGCAUUCACCAAUGAAGAGAGGAGGGCUGUUCACUCUUGGUCUCGAAUCUCAUCAGCAGGGCACAGUGUCCUUCUAGAUGCUCUAAAGAUCCUCAGUCCGAUGUCACGUGAUCUCUCGAGCACUGAGGAGCUAGUCACCUUCCUGCAAGAGCUGAAUGAAGAGGGCCACAAGCCCACUGUGCUGCGCAGCAAGGAAGUGUAUGGCUACCGCUCCUGUACAAGCCAACCUAUGACUGAAGACAUGCUAAAGCCACCCAACAAACAUGUUAGACCCUCUGCCAAAAGGAGAGGAAGAAGAGGCCUAACCAAGAAGAGAGAGGUACACCCAUCCUGGAGCUGCUCUGAGAAGAGCAAUCCCAGAAUCCAAGGCGUCCGCCCUCCAGAGCUGCUGGUAGAUCAUCGCACCAUUGCCUGCAGCAGGACCAGCAUUCGGACUCCUGAGAAGUUGCAUGCACUGCAGGUGCAGCCUUGUCUCCGAUUGACCAAUAUUGAAGGCCUGUCAGGCUGCCACACAGCAAGACUGCAGAUCCACACAACCUGGGACUCGUCCUCUGAAGCACCCCCUGUUGCCUUUUCAAAGCAACAUUACCCUCCAACGCUUUCAGGAAUACCUUUACAGCCUUCGCAGAAUGGUGUUGGGGUGCCCACCAAAGCUGUGGCCUUGUACAGCCAGAAGAGCCUGUCCUGCCCCAACCGACCGGACGGUGCCCUCAUUGGAGAUUCUGCACCAGUCUUCUAUGCUAACGGUCGGGUGUUUCCACAGACUCAUACAGAGCUGACCAGCAACGGCUGGAGGAGCAAUGGCUUCCACCAAGACAGUCGGGGGCCUAAAGAACUGAACAGCACGCCCUGGCAGAGAAGAAGCUGGAAGGACAAGAAAGGUUUUAGAUGGAAAGUGAUAAAAGUGGAUUACUCUCGAUCAGUAGCCGAGGCCCGCAGAAAGGCGCAGAAGAUCUUACAGGUCAAUCUUUCUCCGGUGAUUCAGAUCCAACCUCUCAAUUAUCUGCUGAGAGACUUCAGAUACCAGAAUAACUGACUAGUUCUCCCCAAACCCCACACACAUUGUGUUUGUAGCAGAUGUUAGUGUUUUACAUCCAGUAGCCUCUACCUGGCUGAGCCUAAGUGUUCAUAGCAGACAUCAUACAUGGCAAGGGUUUGUGUCGACUGUGAAAAUGUUCAAGCUACACAAUACUAAAGCCAACUAUCUCUCUGCCAGCUAGCCAAUGCUGGUGAUUAAUUCAUAGACCUACAAGUGAUCCAAGAUCAUUUAUGCAGUUAUGAAUAAUUUGAAGUAUAACACUGUUGUCCCAAAGUAUUUUUACUUGAACAGGUGAAACAGUGCUGUCAGUCAGUGGUGCCCUAUGUUCGACUGCAAAGGAGGAAAUUAAAUGAGUGGCAGAAUAGCACAUUUCCCAUUUCAUGCCCAGAUAACAGGUGGAUUUGCAAGGCAGGUUUGAAAGGUCUUCAGACAAAGCAGAUCAGGUGGUCGGUUGGUUCUGGCAAAAUAAAACUUGAAAAGAGGAAAAAGAAAAUUGUUUCCCAUUUAUUUUAUUUUAUUUUAUUUUAUUUUUUUACAUGUAUUUGUUUCCACCAAAAAUCAGGAAGGUUCUGGAAGUGAGUGCAGCAGGGAAUUGAACCUAAGGCACACAGUGAUGCUUGGCUGAUUUGUUUGAACUACAAGUCUUCAGAAAUUGUUUCUUUUGGUUCAGUUUAUCCACACAAUGAGAAAAUAUAAAUGGUAUGUUUGACUAUUGUGAACAUUUGAAGUUUCACAGAGACGAAUUAUGAAUCCCAUUAUAGAAAAUAGUGAGUAUGGGGAAAGGGAAUCUAGCUCUGUGAACACACUUAAGAAUAAUAUUUAAUAUCUUGGGCUACAUCCAAACUAUUUCAUUUCCAUUAAAAAGAAAUGCAGAAAUUCUGCUCAAUAAAAUUAAGACGUUUGAAAUUAUUGCCUGCUUCAUUUAAUUUGAAAACUCUUGGGCUACAUUUUAGUCUGGACGGGCAGACCUUUACACUGUUACACACCUGCCCAUUUGUACCUGAAUCAUCAUAAGAUGUUUUCAGGUUGUGCUUUUUAUGGAUGCAGAUUACUUCUGAUUACUUGUCUGGACACAGAUGAUUUUUAUCUGAAAACAAAUGAAAAUGUAAUAUUAUGGAUGUAGCCUUAAUUGUGAACACAGGAAUUCCUGUUUUAAUCUCAAAGAGCUCUUGUAUUUUCUCAUUGGUAAUCUUGGAUUUUAGAAAAUCCCUUUAUUUUUUUAUUCACAAUUAUUUCUUUUAUUUGGAACUAUGUAUUUUCCCUCAAAUUAUUCCAUUCCAUAAUUUGGCCAUGGUCCACUUUCACAAGUUUAUGAUGUUUUACAGACACUAACACGAACUAUUCAAAGUGUGCACUGAGCCUGAGAAAGUAUCAGAUGGUGGUGUUUUGCUGCUCAAGAUUUAUGUUUGCUUGAAAACUUUCUGUACAUUAAUGGGAACCAACCAUCAGUGUCCUGAUGUAUGUUUUGUUUUGUUUUUGAUUUAAAAAUAUUUAUGGCGAGUCAGUGGUCUGUUAAAUUUGUAAUUGCAGCUUAUGAAAGUUUUAUCUCCCAUCAGAGCUUUGCUCUGUUGAUGGUGAGAAUUUUCCAAAAUCUAAGUUUUAGUUAGAAUUCCUCAGCAGUAAUCAGACUGUUGAGGCUCUCCUUAAAACAAAAAAAGCACUUUGAGAGUGUGCAGUGUCACAGUGUUUCACUGACACUUGUUCCAGGUCAUGAAAGUCUUUGGUAUUUUUAUUUCCAGCAUGUAAAAAAAUAUUUGAGAUCUCUAAAAUUUGGUUUGACUUUCUUUGAACCCACACUGGUUUUUGCUUCUGGUGCUAACUUUGCAAUGUUGGUGCUGAAUGAAAUGGCUCAAGAAUGUCAUCCUGUUUUUCCCCUACGGGUCCUGAUUGGAGCAUCUCGAGCAAUGACUUCCUGUGAAGUAUUUUUUUAGAGGAACUGAUGGCACUGUUGCCCCUGCAGGUUGGGAUGAGCAUGCCAAAUCUGCCUCGUGUGCUUUCCAAAGGGUUUCUACUGUGAGGAACUACUCAAAUCCAUUUAUCUGUGAGAAACUUUGCGUAUUUGUUUAGCAAAUCCGUGCUCCACAAAGUAGAUAAGUUAUUGAGCAUUAACUCUUUUAUGGGGGCUCAGAAAUGUUAGUUUCACAAUAAAUGUAGACUUGAUUCACUUGCUAAUUGUUCGCUGGAGCUUUUACGGAUCAUAAGCUAAUUUAAACCGGAUAAAAGCUCCGGGUAAGCCAGAAUUGAUUAUUUUCGGUUUAAAUUACUAAACCAACAUCAACUCAGUAAAUGUAUGGUCAAAAAGAUUUUGGAAAAAAGAAUGAAAAUUAAAACUGGAUUUACAAAUAAAUUUAAGGUUUUAAUGGUUUCCAGUCUGUCCUGGGCCAAUUGGUACAAAUAAAUAAUUUGUUUUGGAAAUCUCAAAACUGUUACUCUCUUGAAGCUGACACAAUGUCAGUUCUGGGUGGUUGGCUAAACAAAUAGGUUUACUUUCUGAAAGAGACUCAUUACCUUGCACCCUUUUUGUCUGUUGGCAGUCAUGUUCAUGCCCACCAACAAUUCCCUUUUGUAGAUCUUUCUGUUAGUCUUGUUUGUGCAACACUUGUAUUAUAUUGUAUUUCCUACAUGAUCUUUCAAAAACUUUGUUCAAUAAAAAGUAAAAAAAUUA